AUGGGGGAGAUUACUCCAAAUUUAGAUGAUGGAGAAUUAUGGCUUCCUUCUGAUAUUUUACCUGACGAAAUUUUUUCUAAUAAAUUUGACCCAAAUUUCUCUACUGAGUUUAAUCAAUUCAUGGAAGAAGAACCCACUUCUCUUCCACACCUCUCAACUUUCUCUUUGUUUGAGCAAAACCAUAUCAACUCUAAAGUACCUUCAAUGGAUUUAGACAGUAACUCCAAGCAAAUUAAACCACAAAAUCAGUUCUGUGGAAUGGGUAAAACACAACCUGAGAUGGGUUUAGGGCUUUAUGGAGAAACUCAUGUUGAUCACUAUCUUAAUGCUUUAGACAAUGGUGGUAGUGGUGAUUCUUAUUUUGUAUCAAGUCCUUACCAGUUCCAUGACAGAAAACUGCCUCUAUCAAUAGUUGAGGAUAUUUUACAAGCAAGAACCAUGAUUUUGCAGAGACAACAGAAUCUGCAACAACACUGUGUUGAUGUUCAAAACCACUAUGUUGCAAACCACUUUUUGCCGUUGCAGGUGUUUAAUCGUGGGUGUAGGGGUACAGGUGUUUUUAUUCCGCGCACCUCUACAAUCACAGUUGCUAACCCUGGAAAGAAUCAGAGUUUUUGGAAAGGAGAAGAGAGUAUUGAUACGGAUAAGAGACUAGGAGACCAAGUCAUCAAAAGACCCAAUCCACCCUACUGA